AUGGCAUUAACACGGCUUGGUCUCACCUUAACAAGGUCAAGCAGACUUGCUCUGCGGCCUUCAUAUUCCUCACCUCUUCCACACCAACUCCGAAGAGCUCCGUCUGGCCUUAGACAAAUCUCUACCUCGCAGAUCAGGAUGUCGACCAUUGCAUCAUUCAAGAUUCCCAAGGUGGUUAACGAGCCUAACCAACACUAUGAAAAGGGUUCUUCCUCAAGGGAGGGAUUGACGGCGGCGCUGUCGGCCCUCAAGCAAAAGGGUGCCGUGGAGGUACCAAUCGUAGUUGGAGGCAAGGAGAUCAAGACUUCAUCCACGGGCACACAAGUCAACCCAGCGGACCACCAAACAGUCAUUGCGACCUACUCGAAAGCGAGCCCCGAAGAUGUCUCCCGAGCCAUCGACGAGGCGCUUGCAGCCAAGGCAAACUGGGAGUCUCUACCGUUCCACGACCGAGCGGCCAUCUUCCUCAAGGCGGCCGAUCUCAUCUCGACAAAGUACCGCUAUGAGAUCAUGGCAGCUACCAUGCUGGGCCAGGGCAAGAAUGCGUGGCAAGCUGAGAUUGACUCGGCCGCAGAGUUGUGUGACUUCCUGAGGUUCAACGUUCAGUACGCCGAGGAGAUGUAUGCCCAGCAGCCAGCGCACAACUCGCCUGGUGUCUGGAACCGCGUCGAGUACAGGCCUCUUGACGGCUUCGUCUACGCGGUCAGCCCCUUCAACUUCACAGCCAUUGCAGGCAACCUGCCCGGGGCACCUGCACUUUUGGGCAAUGUCGUGGUGUGGAAGCCAUCCGACUUUGCCAUUGCGUCCAACUGGCUGCUUUACAACAUUCUCCUGGAAGCUGGUCUGCCCAAAGGCGUCAUCCAAUUCGUCCCAGGCGACCCAGAGGAGGUGACGCGAGUGGUGCUCUCGCACCGUCAGUUCGCAGCGCUGCACUACACGGGCAGCACUGCUAUCUUCCGGAAGCUCUACGGACAGAUCGGUGCGGGCGUGGCCGAGGGCAAGUAUGCAUCGUACCCGCGGAUCGUCGGUGAGACUGGUGGCAAGAACUUCCACCUCGUGCACUCUUCGGCCGACCUGGAGAACGCCGUCAUUCAAACCGUGAGAGGAGCGUUCGAAUAUCAGGGACAGAAGUGCAGCGCCACGUCGCGUCUCUACGUCCCCAAGUCGAUGUGGCCGCGCUUUCGCGAGAGGCUAGCUGAGGAGGUCAAGAAGCUCAAGAUUGGCGACCCUGGCGAACAUGGCAACUUCAUGGGCCCUGUCAUCCACGAGGGCUCGUUCAAGAAGCUCUCCGGUGUUAUCGACGAGGCUAAGAACGACAGCAAGCUCAAGCUGGUGGCCGGCGGCAAGUACGACGGUUCCAAGGGCUACUUUGUAUACCCGACCGUCUACGAGACGACGGACCCGGGACACAAGCUGAUGAGCACGGAGCUGUUUGGACCUGUGUUGGUGGCAUACGCCUACGAUGACGACCUUCACGGCGACCCGGCGGCAGCUUUUGGAAAGAUUUGCGAAGUGGUAGACUCGACAAGCGAGUACGGGUUGACAGGCUCGGUGUUCGCGACCGACCGUGCGGCGGUGCGGUUUGCCGAGGACAAGCUGCGCAACUCAGCAGGCAACUUCUAUAUCAACUGCAAGAGCACAGGCGCCGUCGUCGGCCAGCAGCCGUUUGGAGGCGGCAGGGCAAGUGGAACAAAUGACAAGGCUGGCAGCAUGAACCUGCUGGGGCGGUUUGUGAGCACCAGGAGUUUGAAGGAGGAGUUCAACGCGACGACGUCUGUGCUGUACCCUAGCAACCAGGUGUAA